AUGGACCUGCUCCCGGCCCAGGAGGCGUCGCGCAUCUACCACACCAACUAUGUGAGGAAUUCCCGGGCCAUUGGCGUCCUCUGGGCCGUGUUCACCGUGUGUCUGGUCAUCAUCGCGGUGGUGGUGUUCAUCCAACCCUUCUGGAUCGGCGACAGCGUCGACACACCGCAGGCGGGCUACUUCGGCCUCUUCCACUACUGCAUCGGCAACGCGCUCAACUCGGAGCUCACCUGCAAGGGCAGCUUGCUGGAUUUUGGCUCCAUCCCAUCACCGGCCUUCCGCGCCGCCAUGUUCUUCGUGGCCACGUCCAUGCUGCUGGUGGUGGGCACCACGGUCUGCUUCAGCCUCUUCUUCUUCUGCAACGCCGGCAGCGUCUACAAGAUUUGCGCCUGGAUGCAGCUGGCCUCUGCCAUUUUGAUGGUGAUGGGCUGCAUGAUUUAUCCCGACGGCUGGGACGCCCCCGAGGUGAAGAAGAUGUGCGGCCAGGGGACGGACAAGUACAGCUUGGGGAACUGCACGGUGCGCUGGGCUUACAUCUUGGCCAUCAUCAGCAUCCUGGACGCGCUCCUGCUGGCAUUUCUCUCCUUUACGUUGGGCAACCGGCAGGACAAACUGCUGCCGGAAGACUUUGAGCUGGAGGGCGCAGGUAGGCACGCAUUUUUAAUGGUGCACUCCUUCCCCGUCCUGACGUGCCAGAUGGUGGACCAAAAUUUCCUUGAAGCUGUCCGAAAGUCGUUCUCCAGGACCUCACUGAACCACCAAAGCUUCAUUCUGCUUGGCCUGCUGAAAACCCUUGAUGAACAGGCCAAAAAGGCUCAAUAG